UGAAUCUACAGAUGUGCUGUGUUUAACAAUUUAUACAUCAGCCUUUGAAUGCAGCAUAGGUCCACCCGGUGGUGCUGUGAUAUUGAGAGGUCAUACAUUUUCAUAAAACACAGAAAACAACCCAGGAAGCCAGAAUGUCUGGAGAGCUGUCCCUCAACAUAAACAUCAAGGAGCCACGAUGGGACCAGGGCACAUUCAUGGGACGGGCCAAGCACUUCUUCAUGGUCACAGACCCCAGGAAUGUCCUUCUGUCUUCGGAGACACUGGAGGAGGCCAAAGUGAUUGUAGAGGACUACAGAGCUGGCAAAGCAAAGCCUGGUUUGACAGAAGAUGAGCUCUGGAGAGCCAAGUACGUGUACGACUCCGCCUUUCACCCCGACACUGGAGAGAAGAUGUUUGUGAUUGGCCGGAUGUCUGCUCAGGUGCCAAUGAACAUGUCCAUCACAGGCUGCAUGCUCACCUUCUACAGGACGACUCCGGCCGUCGUGUUCUGGCAGUGGGUUAACCAGUCCUUCAACGCUGUCGUCAACUACACCAACCGUAGCGGAGACGCCCCCAUAACCGUGAAUCAGCUGGGUGCAGCCUACGUUAGUGCUACGACAGGAGCUGUGGUCACCGCUCUGGGACUCAAGUCUCUGGCCUCGCGUCUCCCCCCAAUCGUCAGCAGGUUCGUCCCCUUUGCUGCUGUAGCUGCUGCCAACUGUAUCAACAUCCCCUUCAUGAGACAGAGGGAGUUGAAGUACGGUAUACCUGUGACAGAUGAGAAUGGAAACAGGUUAGGAGAGUCCGCCAACGCUGCUAAGCAGGCCAUUGUGCAGGUGGUGGUGUCGAGGAUCGGCAUGGCGGUGCCUGCCAUGGCCAUCCCCCCAGUUAUAAUGAAUGCACUGGAAAAGCGAGCUUUCAUGAAGCGCUUCCCAAUCCUCAACGCUCCAGUGCAGGUGGGGCUGGUGGGUCUGUGCCUGGUGUUUGCCACUCCUCUAUGCUGCGCCCUGUUUCCCCAGAAGAGCUCUAUGAGUGUGAGCGGGCUGGAAGCAGACCUGCAGGAGACGAUACGACAGAGCAGCCCUCAAACUACCACCGUCUACUUCAACAAGGGCCUGUAGGACCAGCCAAGACCACUUCCACAUGCACGCAGCAUACAGACACACACACAUACACAUGUCUGUAGUCCUGUGGGCGCAAUAAGGAGAAGGAAAAAACACAUUUUAUUUAUGCAUUUUGUUGUUCCGUGUACUAUUUGGAUAUCUGAAAUCAACUGCCUGAAGCUGCUUCUAGGGUAACAUUUGACAAAAAGGAUCCAGGGGAUGGAAAGUGAAACACUUGAAGGCAGGAAGAGAACUUAAAUAACUGAAGUUUUCAAGUGUCAGUCAUUAGAAAACAGAUCUAUAUUGUGUUGUGGUGUGUUUUCUGUCUUCCUUGCAACUGAGCGAAAACUGCCUGAUUUGCUGGUAGUUUGGGAAGUUGCUGAUUUAUGUUUCCCUCUUACACUCACCCACAUUUCAUGUUACAUUGAGGUUAAUUAAGCUUUUACAUCUUCUAAUUAAUUAUUUGCAAGCCCAAUAUAAAGUGAAGGUUUGUGCUUUUAAGACUUGGAUUCAUUUCUGAAUGUAACAUUUUUUGCCUUGUAUCCUUAUCUUCCUAUUUUACUGACUAUUAUCACAGUAUUCUGUAAAAUUGAAAAGACCAGUACUUUAAUUAGCACUAAACAACAAAAACAUUUAGCUUUGCCUGCUUAUUAACCAGCGCAGCUUCAUUCUUUAUCUCAGCACUCCUUUAAGUGUACUUACACCCCCUCGGACUUUUACAACAAUGAGGUGCUAGGUACAUGUGGAAAAGGAACUCUGUAUCUUGAAAUACCCAAAAUACUAUUUUAAGCACUCCAAAAUCCUAAGCAAAGCACAUUCUAAGCAUGAAAAACAUCACUGUACUGUCGCCGUGGUAAUGGCGGGCCUUUUUAUGAUCACUUUAUGAACAUUUUGAGUCACGAUGCCCAGUGGCGUUUUAAUGAAUUGUUGUAGGUGAUGGUGCUGUUUGUGAUCGUGUUAAAUGGAGAGGAAUAUAGUGUACUGUGUCUAAUUAUUGUUGCUAUGUGAAAAAUUGUGUGAUCUGAUCUGGAUUUUUUGUAGUAGUUGUUGAAUUACAAGCAAUGGACAAUAAUUUAAUUCUGUUGUUAGAAUUUGCCGAUUUAAUCUCUGUACUUGAAGUUAGGGAUUGCAUCAGCUGGUUAAAAGAGGUUAAACUCAUAGAAAAAAAUCUGUUUUCAGUUCCUUAAAUUUUGAGGUACAGGGUUUCUAUAUGCAAGAGCUCACCAGCUAGUCAGUCAUCUGCAGAAAUGUCUGCAUUUAGCCAGGGUUGUCCCUUUGCACACGACGACAGCAUCAUGAAGCUUAAAUCCUAGAUAUGAGUAUUCUCUCCGUGGUAGUGGGUAACGUAUGCACAGUGAUUGUUGCUGCAGUUUGGUUGAGUUUGAGCGUCUUUGAUCAAAUCCAUUCACACUGACGACCAGGCUCUCCAAACAUAUGGCUGUUCUGUGUGAUUUGAUAGUAAACAUGAUGUAGUGUCGUCUGGAUUAUGUCAAAAUAAUUAUAUUUUUCUUGGACCUAUUUAUACAAAUAUAUAUAUAUAUGAUAUUCAAGGAUAUACUAGCACAUAAAGGUAUGCAUGAGUUAUUUGAGAGAUUUUACUUUGAAGGUGUGAUGGAGUAAAUCCACCAGAUGGCCCCACACACAUAUGCAUCAGAAACAGCUGCUUCUCAUAAUUUAUUAUUGCAAAAGCGCUUUUUAUUUUAGGCGUAAAUAAUCUCCAUCUGGAUUUACAUUGUUUCAGUGACAUUCGCAGUUUAGUGUUGGUUUGUGUUAGUCGGUAAAAACCCACAUAUUUAUCCCCUAUAGUAACACUGUUCAGAGCAUCUUCAUAUUUUAGUUGAAUUUCCAUCAAAAGUGUGUUUGUAAAACUUUAGUCAUUUUAAAGGACGCUGUUGCUUUGUCAUUUAAAAUGUUUCAUCUGCUGCAUCAGUUUGACUUCUGUCAUAGAAGCACCUGGGUGUCUGAAGUUGUAGCAGUUAUGACAUUAAAACUGUGUGACUGCGGAUGGUAAAGGCAAAAUAUCAGAUAUUAUUCAUCACAUUGUAUCAAGGGAAAAAAAGGUCAAAUGUUUAAUAUGCAAUCCAAUGAGGCUAUGUAAUACCAACAGGAUUUGAUGCAUACUGUGUGUUUGUCAGAGCAUAUAGCUGUGUUUGAGUUUGGUUUUCAGUGGGCUACAGGGUAAAGGAACCUGGUGGUGUUCUCCAGUCAGCCAUCCUUCCUCCAUGUUGACACCCACAACGCCCCAUCAAACCCUGAGACACGAUCACAUGCGCUGCAGGACAGUGCUCCAGAUCUACCAUCACUACUGUCACGUAUAUGAAGAGGUGCUUGCAGUCACCAACGUGUAGCUCAAGACGUUUUGUGUGUGUGGUUUUUUUUUUUUCCUGCUUGUUGAAAAUGCACUAUUUAACCUUUGCUGUGCUGCUGUAGGAGCUGUUAAGGAUUUGUGUUGCAAUUUAAAAACAUGUUCGGGAGUGAAGAAGAUCAUCCGUUAAAGAUUGUAUUUGUUUUCAUUUGUGAUCGAUAUCGUCCGUUCAAGAACUCUUGCCGUGUUACUGCAAAUGAGGAGUUAAGUCAUUACUGGCAGCUUUCAUUGCUUGCAAAAACUAAGUAGCUUAUUUUCUAGAUGUUGUUACUGAUGUUGAGAACAAAACUGGAGGCUUUUAAUGCAGUGCUGACACCCGGAUGUAAACAUGCGUCUCAGCUUGUGUUUGUGCAGUGCCGCCCAAAAAUGUCGCAGCCAUACGUCUAGCCAAAGAUGACACCAUAUGAAUUGUAAAAUGAUCGAGUAGAGGUGUGAAACUAUUUAGACGUUCUGUUUCAGCUUUAUUUUAUAGGCCUUUAUUGCACAAUUUUUUUUUUUUCUCCUCAAUGUGCAACAAUCAAUAGCACACCAAACUUUAUCAGAAUGACAGAGCACAGAUACCAAACUGAAAUAUGAAUGAAUAAACACAUCCCAGGUCAUAUUUCUGCAGAAUUGAGCUGUGGCACACUGGUUAAAACCUCCCUAACCUUUUAGAAUCGGAGUUAUCCAUGUCAUGCAAACUGAAGGCACACACGUAGACAGUUAUGUCAUUUCACCUCAUGAAUGUUUUGGUCAUUUCAUGUACAUACAACUUACCCACAUGUAGUUCUGUCAGUAUUUGUGCACCGUGUUUUCUCCCUUUUUUUGUAUUGUGUUGGGAUAUAUUUCCUCGAUGUGAAAUGUAUUUUACUCUGAGCAGUUGAAUAAAACAUGUCUAAUAAACAAAA